ACGUGGGCGGAACAGCGGGCUGGAGCUGAGAUUGCGGUGCGGACCGGGUCCGGAAGUGGGCGUGGUGGUAGGCGGGGCUGGAGGGGGCGAGGCUGGCGGGGCGCGGCCCUCGAGAGGCUGUGGCGGCCGCGGAGACGGUGGCGUCUCUGGCGGCUGAGCAGGGGUGUGGUGGACUUCUCGCCGGGCAGUCCUCGACGGCGCGCGGGGAGCGGCGCAUGGAGGUCCCGGCGGCGCUGGGCAGCGAGGCCGUGGUGAGCUUCCUCGCGGCGCGCGGGGGCCGGGCCCGCCAUGCCGAGCUGGUCCAGCACUUCAGGGCCGCGCUGGGCGGGGAGCCGGAGCAACGCGCGCUAGCCCGCGCCCGCUUCAAGGAGCAAGUGAACGCCGUGGCCACAGUGCGCACCGACCCCGCCGACGGCUCCAAGUACGUGCACCUCAAGGGCCAGCCGGGAGCCGCGUCCCCGGCCCCGCCGCCGGCCGAAGAGGAAGCCCGGGUCGCCGCCGACGUCCCGCUCGGACCGACCCCGGGCGGCGGAACCCGCAGGAAGGACGGGCGGCGGGAUCGGCCGCCCCCGCCGCGCGAGGACGCGGCUCCCGGCUGCGAGGACGCAGAAGUCCCGGCGCCCGGCUGUGAGGACGCCGACGAUGGGAGUCUACCCGGACCCCCGAGGCCCGCCCGCCCGGGCCUCCGCGACCACGUGCCGGCCGGCUCCCCGCAGCCGCGCAGGAGUCCGUGUCCCGGGGCGCGCGCCAAGGCCGGGGACCCGGACAGCGCGUCGCUCGCGUCGGCGGACGAGGACGGCGCGGGCUCGGUGGCGCUCGACCCGCUGGAGCACGCCUGGAUGCUGUCGGCCUCGGACGGCCGCUGGGACAGCCUGCAGGGCCUGCUGAGCUGCGAGCCCGGCCUGCUGGCCAAGCGCGACUUCAUCACCGGCUUCUCCUGCCUGCACUGGGCGGCCAAGCACGGCAGGCACGAGCUCCUGGCCCUGCUGGUCAACUUCGCCAACCAGCACCGGCUGCCCGUGGACAUCAACGCCAGGACCAGCGGGGGCUACACCGCCCUGCACCUGGCGGCCAUGCACGGCCAUGUGGAGGUGGUGAAGCUGCUGGUGGGGGCCUACGACGCCGACGUGGACGUGCGGGACUACAGCGGCAGGAAAGCCUCCCAGUACCUGAGCCAGAGCACCACCGAAGAGAUCAAGAGCCUGGUGGGCGCCCUGGAGGAGGGCGACACUGAGAGCACGGCCAGCAGCGGCGGCGGACGCUGGAGACUGUCCAAGGUGCUGCCCUCGCACCUCAUCACCUACAGACUCUCCCACGGCCCGGAGGAGGGAGGGGACCGGGACCACCACCACCACCACCACCACCACCACCACCACCUCACUGAAGGCUGGGCUGCAGCCAAAGCGAAAGAUUCAGCUCGCAAAACCUCCAGCAGCUCCAGCGGGCGGAUCAAACCCAGACUCAACAGAAUCCGCUUCAGAACACAGAUCAUCCACACCACACCCUCUUUCAGAGACCCCGAGCAGCCCCUGGAGGAGUGCGAGGAGGAGGAGGACGACGAUGACGACCAGUCUGUCAAAGCCUACUCCUCUUCCUCCUCAUUCAAACUGAGACCGAAGUCCAAUGUAUUUGGGUAAAAAUCCUUCUUUUUUUUUUCUCAAACAGGAAAGUCUAAGACGUAUUUGACUUCAGAAAUAGCAUACUAGGUGUAGGUAAGAUGCGGGGCCAGAAAACCUAGGCUGAGUUCUACAUUCUGGCUUGGUAGAGUGUUGGUUGUGCAAAGCGUGCCUCCUUCCGACCACCCCCUCUGCAUUCUUAACUUGGAAGGGGCAGGCUUGUAAUUAGAUGGGAAAUGAUUCAUCAAACCUUCACCUUGUCCUAAUUUUCCCCGUCCCAUCUCCCUGACCAGGAAUCUCGUCUCUGAGAACUAGAACUCUAUCCAAAGCUUGGGUGCAGAACUGAUUAUCAGAAAGUGCUACAAGGCACACUUUCAUGUGUCUGGUUUUUUAAAGUGUUUCUCUUCCCAGAGCAAACACAGUGUAAAUUAUAAUGAAACUAAAGUGUUGUGUGAGCAAGAUUCAUGCUGCCUGCCAUAUUAUUUGACUAAUUGCAUUUUCUUUUUAAGGUACUACUGAAGGUCAAGUCAGUUGAAAUACCAAAAUACUCUUAAGAGAAUAAUGUGAGUCAAAAUGGGAGUGGGAAUCCUAUUCAUACCCGAGGUCUGUUGUAAGUUGUGUUCAGCUUUUAAAAGAAUCAGUUUCAGCAUUGAUUGAACUAGAGAAGUUACAUUCACUUCUGGUUAAACUGCAUUAAUGGUUUUCUCUUAACUUUCUUGGGUACCACUGCCCUCAGCAAUAAGGUACAUUAUUAGUAAAUACACAAGUAUAUUAAAAGACAAUUCUUUAAACAGCCUGUGGUACUAAAAUAUCACCUCCAGCUUGAUUAUGGAUUGUUUUUGCUAUUCUAGAAGUUAAUAUUGCUGAGGAUUUUAUUCUGGGGAUCAUAUAACCAUCAGUCCUAUUUCAUGGUGCUUAAAGUUGAACUGCUAAUAAAUUGUUUCUAAGGGACUGGAUUCGGGUUCAAGCCCCCAGCUGCAGAAGGAAAGCUUCACAAGCAGUGGAGCAAGUCUGCUAGUGUCUCUCUUUCUCCUUUUCUCUCUUGAUUUCUCCGUGUCUCUGUUCAAUUAAUAAUAAUAAGUGGGAGUCGGGUGGUAGUGCAGUGGGUUAAGUGCACGUGGCGCAAAGGCAAGGACUGGCAAGGAUCCCCACCUACAGGGGAGUCACUUCACAGGUGGUGUCUGUCUUUCUCUCCCCCUCUCUGUCUUCCCCUCCUCUCUCCAUUUCUCUCUGUCCUAUCCAACAAUGAUGACAUCAGUAACAACAAUAAUAACUACCACAACAAUGAAAAACUACAAGGCCAACAAAAGGGAAAAUAAAUAUAAAAUAAUAGAAAUAUGCUUUCUGGUUUAGAUAAUUAAUGAAAUUGGCAUAACUUUGUUAGUGAACCAGUGCUUCUGUGAAGUCGUUUUUAAAUCCACUGAGUAAUUUCCACAUAAGAUUCAAUUUUUAUUUUACUAAUAAAAUAAAUUCCUAGUCUCUGAUUUACUGUAGCCCCUUUAGAAAAUAUUUAAAAAUUAUACCCUUCCAAUCUUCCCUAGAGCCUGCUAGAAACAUGCAGUACUGGAGAAGUCAGUAGUAAAUCUUCUUGGUUAAAAAUAGCACUUUAUGAAAGUGAAAAGAGAAGAUAUAGGACUAUUUCUAUUUUUGAAUGCUGCUAUUAAAUCCUUUUCUAUAUAAAUGGAAAAUGUCACUCAUAAAUUAAAGGCUUAUUUUAAUGUGAUUCUUAAUUAUAUGCAACUCAUAUAUGCCUGGAUAAAUGCCUUCCAGUAUAUUUAUUUUUAAGAAGUUAACAUCCAAGCAUAUUAAAUCUGCUUGUAACAAGAUUCAAAACAACUUUUUUAGGAGAUUGACUCCACUGAGUUAUUCUCUCUUAGUCUUCUUAAUCUCAAAAUUGCUCAAAAGUUCCAGUGUCUUGUCAAGAUUAAGGAGUGAGUUAACAGCUUGUGAAGUAAAGGAACCAGUGUAAAUUGCACAGAAGUAGUGUGUAGAGUUUUAAAAUAUUUAGUUUUUCAAGUAGAGAUAUGUAACAGGCUUUGUCUCACAUAUACAGAUAGCAAUUUGCUUAAAGAUUAAUGAAGAAUAUUCACAUAAAAAUCACUCAUUUGUAGUUUUUAGGACUGUGGAAAUGGACCAUAUGCACUUGAGAAGCACUUUUACCCUAACAGAUGGGUGAAAAACAGACUAAUUUUUAAUGAAUUAAAAAUAGAUUUCUUUGGGGGUCGGGCGGUGGCGCAGUGGGUUAAGCGCAUGUGGCGCUAAGCGCAAUGACCGGCGUAAGGAUCCCGGUUCGAGCCCCCGGCUCCCCACCUGCAGGGGAGUCGCUUCACAGGCGGUGAAGUAGGUCUGCAGGUGUCUAUCUUUCUCUCCCCCUCUCUGUCUUCCCCUCCUCUCUCCAUUUCUCUCUGUUCUAUCCAACAACGAACAGCAUCAACAAUGGCAAUAAUAAAAAAAAAAAAACACAACGAGGCUACAACAACAAGGGCAACAAAAAAAGGGGGGAAAAAUGGCCUCCAGGAGCGGUGGAUUCAUGGUGCAGGCACCGAGCCCAGAAAUAACCCUGGAGGGAAAAGUAAAAAAAAAAAAAAAAAAAAAAAAAAAAAUUUCUAUAAGAUGAAAUGCAGUCAUUCUGAAUCUUACAUAGAUUACUUGUAUGUCGUGCCAAAUAAGUUACAAAUUCUCACUCAGAAAUAUUAUUGGCAUGUAAAACUAAAGUGAGCUAUCUAAAAUGCUCAAUUGAAUUAUCUUUAAUCUCUUAAAUAUGGGUGUAAACUUAAUUGUACAAAAUCUAUAAUUGGCUAACUCUUUAAAGUCAGUACUUCAUUUAAAACUUGCUUUUCACAUCAAAAGUUUUCCCUUUCUGAUAAAUAUACUUUGAAUUUUCCAUCCCAUUCCUGAGGGGAAUUAUUUCUAGCAUUCCUUGUCAUGAUGUGUUUGUGUGCAGAAAGUAUAGCACUCUCAGCCACUUAACUCUACAUUCCUCUUUUUUUUUAAUUUCCAUGUUAAGAUUAUAGAAGCCAAUGUUUUGCGUGAUUUUCUACUUGUGGAGUUGUGCCUACUAUUCAUGGAAAUACCUACAUUGGUCACUUAUGUGUCUGUUAAUACGAAGUUGUGUGCUUUAGAAAAAGCCAGGUACUUCCGUGUAUUUUUUAUAGGUACUGAAACUAGUAAAUGUCAUAAUGCUCUUCAUUUUAUGCUAUGUAGGGAGGGUACAGGUAGUUUAUGUAACCUGAAAAUCCGGUACUGUCUUAUUUAUGCCAAAAGUCUGAAAUCUUGGGGUUCAGGAUGCCUUUUCUCUUAUUUUUUUUAAAUAAGUGUACUCGGAGAGUUGAAAAUGUAAAGUUUGUCUUGUCAAAAUAAAAGAUUCACAUUAAUUUUU